AUGAGCUUUGGCGGCUUUCUUCUCUCGGCCGGACUCUACUUGGUCCUGGUCGCUGUAUUUGUGUCCCUCUUUCUGCACAUCAUGAGCUACCGCUACCGAAGUCAGCAGAACCGACUGCUCUACUACCCACAGAUUCCUCCAGAGAGUCGAGAGGUCUGCGAAGACCCGGUGGCGCUCGGUAUCCCCUACGCAGAGCGUGUGUGCGUCACCACCGCUGAUAAAGUGCGAUUGUGGGGCUACAUGCUGUGGCCGGCCCCUGCGCCGUCGGCGGAGAAGAGCGGCAAUGCAAGCGUCUCCGACUCGAUCGGGCACGCAUCCUCCAAUUUAGCCACUGCAGAGGGAGGCGUGCAUGUUGAGGUGGAUGCAUCAGGUGGCGCUACAGAGAGUACCAGCGCCGGCAGCACGUUGCCUGGCAGCAGUAGAAGCGUUACCAUGCCGAGCGGGAUGCCGACGUUUGUAAUGCUGUACUUUCAUGGAAACGCCGGUAACGUUGGCCAUCGCCUGCCUCUUGCUCGGGCCUUUGUGACCCACCUGAAGUGCGCGGUCAUGAUGGUUGACUAUCGUGGUUUUGGCCUUAGCGAUGACUCGGAGCAGACGCAGGAGACGUUGGAGCUGGAUGCGCAGGCCUGCUUCGACUAUCUGUGGCAGGAUCCUCGUGUGCCGCGUGAUCGUAUCAUUGUCAUGGGCACCAGCCUCGGUGGCGCUGUCUCGAUUCACUUGGCUGCCAACGAACGUUACGCCCGCCGCAUAGCUGCUGUGAUUGUAGAAAACUCCUUCAGCUCCAUCAGCGACAUGGCCUCGGCCCUGAGCCGGCCAAUCCUGACGAAGCUGGCGAGUCAAUGCCCAGGCCUUGCGGUCGGUAUCUUUGAGUACUACGUCAAGCCCCUGGCUCUGCGGAUAAGUUGGAACAGCGCGCAGAAGAUUACGAAGGUUGUGGUGCCGAUGCUCUUCCUCUCUGGUAUGCGUGAUGAGAUAGUGCCACCGGAGCAGAUGCGGACACUAUACAAGGCUGCGACGAAGUGUCUGCGCGAUGGCAACGGCAGCGACCUCACUGUCCCGCUGCGUCGCUUUCUCGAGUUUGAGGACGGGCGGCACAACAACCUGCCGCUCAUGCCCGGCUACAUGAGCGCCCUGCAGGACUUUGUCACGGACGUGCGCAAUGCCGGGUCCGCUGCUGUCGUUUGA